CUUUCCCCCUCCCCAUCUCUCCGUUAUUCACACUCUCCGACUCUUUACCAUGUGGUUGUUUUGACGGGUUUUAACAAACAAGUAUCUGUGUCUGUUCGAAGGCUUACCCUACAGCACAGUGGCAAUGGAUUUUGCGAAACGCGUUCUGGAGAAGUACGGCUGGAGCGAAGGACAAGGAUUAGGUAAAGAUUCUACUGGAAUCACAACAGCCCUGAAGCCAAAAGUUAAGUUAAAUGUAUUUGGCUUGGGUCAUGACUCUGCUCAAACAUUUACAUAUCGAUGGUGGGAAGAUGCAUUCAACGAAGCUGCACGCAAUGUAAAUGUCGAGACAACAAAGGAUGGCACCAAGAUGAACAUUGUGGAUGAAGAUGCUGUUCAAGUUUCUGCAGUCAAGAGGUCUAAAAUUAACCGUGAUAAAGCUAAAUAUGGUAGCUUUAUAAAGCGGGAAACGCUCACUAAAGGAGGUGUGACACCAGAAAUGGAAAUAGACACUUCCUCCCAUAAAUUACCAAUGGUGUUGCCAGCAAUACUCAGUGAUGAGCAACUGUUCCAGGCAUGUGGUGGUCGCACAGCUCACAAAGGUGCCAGACACGGACUGACAUUGAGCGGUAAACUACAGAGAGUGAGGGAACAAGAGGAGGCUCUUCUUAAGGCCUUCCAACAAAAUCAGUAUAAGGAACCCAAGACAACAGUAGGUAGAGAGUUGAGAGAGGAAGGUGAAUCAUUUGAAAAAAACAAAUCUAAAAAGAAGAAAAAAUCCAAAACUGAAAGCGUUUGUGAAGAAUUAGCUGAAACAUGUGUUGGUGAUGAAACUAUAGUAAAGAAGAAGAAAAAGAAGAAGAGAAAGUCCGAAUGCGACGAAUGUGAUGGUGUAGAGGGAAUCGAGCAAAGCAAUGAUGGGGUAUGUGAGACCAAGAAGUUCAAGAAGAGUAAAAAGAAAAAGAGACAUGAAAUGGCUGAAGACAUAGCUGAGAUUAGUUUGAAUCGUGAUGAAGAUGCAGCAUCAGAAACUAUUCAGAAAAAGGACAAAAGAAAAUUUAAAGAGGAGGAAAUGAACAAACAAGAUGAAUUAAAUACACAUUUAGAAAAAAAGCCUAAAAAGAAGAAAAGAAAAACUAGAGAGACAGAAAGUUAAUGUAUUUAUAAAGAUAACUGUUGUAAUUUCAAUGAUUAAACUAAUUGUUUGUUUAAUUUAA